GCAGUAUGGUUGGAAGAUGUCUUCGGAGGGAACGGAUGCGUCACUGGAUUAGUGCCUGAGAAUCUGUCCCAGCCUCUUCCUCCUGAGCUCGCUGAGACGCCUCCAGAAGGGCACGACACUCGCUGCUCGCUUUCCCUCCGCCAAGCCUUCCACAUGAGCCAGCCAAGCCUUGCCUCCCCACCAGGAUGAAGAAAGAAAAGAAAACGCAUGCUUUACUGUUUCUCCUCCUGCUUCACUUCACCUUGGGGCAAUCAGACUAUGCUCCGUAUUUUUAUGAUAAUGGACCCAGCAGUACACAUGGGAAUAUGGCCUUGUUCAGCAUCUCUGAGGAUACAGCAGUUGGGACGCAGAUAUACAUUCUGAAUGGUACAGAUCCAGAGAGAGAUCCCGUGCGAUACGGUCUGACUUUUGAAAAGGGCUCCAAAGAAUAUUUUAUGGUGGACUCCAAGUCAGGAAAUGUGACUCUGAUUCAGGAGCUCGACAGAGAGAAACAAGAUGAAAUCUCGGUGGUCGUGAGCAUAACGGACGGUCGCAAUAAAGUUGUUGAGACAGUGAGAGUGUUUGUCACUGAUGCCAAUGAUGAACCACCUGAAUUUCAAAACCUGCCUUUCAUCAUUGACAUCCCAGAGGACACUGCUCCAGGAAGCAGCAUCUACAGAGUCCAGGCAAUAGACAGAGACAUGGGAUCAGGAGGCAGUGUCUCAUAUUAUCUACAGACUUCACCGUUUGCCAAGUUUACCAUCGAUGGGCACAGCGGGAUCCUAAGAGUCAAACCUGGUGAGACUUUGGACUACGAGACCACGCCUACACACUUUGUGACGGUGGUUGCAAAGGAUGGAGGUGGAAAGUACAAGGGCAAACACCAGGUUCUGACCGCUACAGCCACCAUGACAAUCAAUGUACUUGAUGCCCAGGACAUGCCUCCAUCCUUCAUAGGAACCCCUUACUUUGGCUACGUCUACGAAGUCUCAGUUCCUGGUUCUGAAAUAUUCACCGUGUACGCUAAAGAUGGAGAUCAAGGCAAUCCUAACCCGAUACAUUAUUCCAUCAUAAAUGGCAGUGAUGGUGUCUUUGACAUAAAUAGCACCAGUGGAUGCAUCACUCUAACAACCCUUCCAACUCUGCUGAGAAAUGAGUUAUAUGAAAUCAUAGUCAAGGCGUCUGAGGUGGGACCAAACAAUCAGCUGGAGGACUUUGACAUUACCACGGUGACGGUCCGGGUGGUGGAUCUCAACAACCAUCCUCCAACCUUUUACGGAGAGAAUGGACCACAGAGCAAGUUUGAGGUCACCAUGUACGAGCAUCCUCCUGCAGGGGAGAUCCUCCGAGGCUUUAAGAUCACCGUCAAUGACUCUGAUCAGGGUGCAAAUGCUAAAUUUAAACUGAGACUCGUGGGGCCGAGUCGAGUGCUGCGAGUGGUUCCCCAGACAGUCCUGAAUGAAGCUCAGGUGACCAUCAUUGUGGAAGACACAUCUGGCAUCGACUACGAAAAGGGACCAACACUUUCUUUCAAGCUGCUGGCGGUGGAAAUCGACACUCCCGAGAGAUUCAGCGCAACAGCUGACAUUGUGAUCAACCUGCUGGACACGAACGACAACAUCCCCAAAUUCACCUCAGAGUAUUACAUCGCCAGGGUCCCAGAGAACUCCCCCGGAGGCUCCAGUGUUGUGACUGUAACAGCAAAUGAUCCAGAUUCAGGGCCCUGGGGUGAAGUCAAAUACACGAUUUAUGGAUCAGGAUCAGAUUUGUUUACCAUCCACCCGACGUCAGGCGUCAUCUCCACACAGCCAUGGACCAGCCUGGACGCAGAGGUCAGGUCUAAGUACAACUUCUACGUCAAGGCUGAAGAUUCUGAGGGAAAGUACGGCUUGUCUGAAGUCUUUGUCACCGUCCUCGACAUGAACGACCACCCGCCAGCGUUUGAUGAAACUUUCCUGGAGAAGACCAUGAUCAUUGGUACACCUGUCAAAGUAGAGGCAGUAGACGAUGAUGCAGAGUCUCCGAACAACGUCAUCGAGUACUCCAUCAUGAGGGCCGAUCCUGACAACGCCUUUGACAUCAACUCAGACACCGGGGAGAUCAAGCUGAAGCCGUUCAUCAAGUCCAUGGAGAUUGUGCGGAACAUCACCAAACAGAAGGACUGCAAGUGGUCUCUUGUGGUCCAAGCCAGGGACAGAGGCUCCCCAUCCUUCAGCACAACCGCCGUGGUCAACAUCGAUAUCACAGAGGCGAUCAAAGGUCGCAUUAUUUCAUACUUGAUGGGCCUCAGCAAGCGUCCGCUGACUGUUUUUGGAAUUUGUCUCAGCAUUACUCCUCUCAAGGGGCCUAUGGCGGCCUUUUUAAUGAAAAGUAGGGACAAUCCUUUGAAAGCUCUAGGCAUGGUCACUGUUAUCAUAAGCUUGUUGGUAGGGGUGACUGUCUUGAUCUCUACGGCUCUGUACAUGCGCAACUCAAAGUCAAACAGGAUCAUGCCGGCACGUCGCAUCAUCAAGAGGCGACCCAGGGACCAGCAGCCCUGGAACUUCAAGAUGCCUGCCGUCAAAUUCAACAACCCGGCAGAUAAGUUCCUUAUCGAUGACCAAGAGAGCAACCAACAGCGGCGCCCCAGCAGCCCCAGGCCGAAGCCUCCGCCCCCUAGCGCUCCUCCGCCUCCUUCAAACACCCGGGCUAAUGAGAGGCCCCGGGCGGUCCCAACAAUAUCUGGUACCCUGGUCCCAACAAUAUCUGGUGCGCUGGCUUCCAAAGGCUCAAAGAAAGCUAAAUCCAAUCGCCGCAAAGAGGGGAAUGUCAGCUCUGCUCUGGUGUCAGAGCUUAAAAAGAAGCUGGAGCAGAAAAUCAUUGAGAGCAACCAAGGUUAUUAUUAAUUCUGUCAAACAAACAUCUUGUUUAAGGUUCUUCGAUGACUCUACUGCUCUUAGCUCAUCUACUGUCUGAGGGUUUUUACCUGAACGUCAUGUGGUGAUCUGGCAGGGUGGGCCUACCUGUAGAUUAGUCAUGAGUAAAUGAUGAGAGGGGUGCAACAGGAAGGUUUACAGAUACUUAUGUCUGAGGACAAGAUAUAACCCAGUGGGCUUCCUCAGUUGACCUGGCUUAGGUUAAGACAGAACUCGCGUUUGUCUUUACUGCAGUGGGAGAUUAUUCACCACACUGCCAUCUUGAGGAAGAUUACAUCAUCUUAACAGUAAGAAGCACCAGUGUAAAUUACCCAGAGAGAGGAUUACCAAGACUUACUGUGUAUACAUAAGUUGCAUAACUUCCUGAAAAGUGUAAAUGUAAUGUUUUUUCGACACAGAACUAGGUUUUCACCCAAUUAAUCCUACAAGAAAAACAUUUCUUCUUGCUCUCUGGAGCGUGCAGCUGAAUGACACGGUCAUACAAAACGACACUGCUUCUUAUAAAGUGCUAAAGGACCUGUGUGUUGAUAUUUUUACUGUGUUACAUCAGCCGCUUCAAAGCUGAGAAGUUGCUCUUUUGUAUAAUUACAAUGUGCCACUGUAGGUUUUCACAGCAACACAAGCUAUAACAGAGAUGCUUUAUUCAUUUGAGUGUGUAAUUCUAGAAAAAAUGCUUUUAUAUAAAUAACAUGGGUCCAUUAUAAAUGUAUAUAUAUCCAUAUAUGGCAAGAUGUGAAUGUUUCCCAGUUGUAUCUUGCAGCAGUAAAUAACAUACGGUACAAAUGAAAUCAGCUGACACCACUUAAGGUUUUCAAGCACAAAUCACAAUGUAUAUAACCUGCUUAGACAUUUCCUUUAUAGGUAUAGAUAUUGAAUAUAUAAAGUCUGUGUUGAACAUUUAGGUUCCAUUCACAGUUUCUUUCCAUGUUACUCUUCAAUGCCUUCAAAUGUAGGCAAAGAAAAUUCAUUUAAUUGCUGUAACCCUUGUAUCUGACUAUAUCUCAACUUAUAUUUAUCUUAAAUAAGUUGAGAGAAACUAUAUAUCUUAACUAUAAAUUACACUUGCCUGGUCCUUUGAAGUAACAUAUUUGUACCGUCUUUGUACUGUC